GUUUGAAUCAGUAGAACUAGACCAAGGUCGAGUGGAUGGAAUCACUAGCUCGGCACAUCUGUUGGUAUAUAAGACCCAUCUCAGUUGCAUCACUUAAAAUAGUUGCAUUUUCUAGUUGCCCAAGAACUCGAAAAGGAUUUUAUAAACAUGCUUUUGAAAUGCACUUGGCUCUUGGUUUUGGUCCUGUCCGUGAUGGCAGGUGCCUUUGCCAGCAGCGGAUGUCCUGCAGGAUAUAGUGCCGAGAACAAUCGGUGCACCAUCGAGCGUCCUGUUCACGGCUCCUGUCCCCCCGGAUCCUCCUACAGCCUGAACAUUAACAAGUGCGUCCACUCUUAAGGAUCUCGUCGAAUGAACCAUCCAUUGAAAAUACCAAUAUCUUAGAUAAGUGAAAACAAAAGUGUAGAAUUGCAAACAAUAAUGUGAUGAAUUAAAAAAAAAAAUGAUCGCGGA